GCACACGUGGGAGUAGAACUGUUUAGUCUCCUUCUGUCUCUGCAGAGGAUUAGUAGCAGCAGAGAGAGUCAUGCUGUUUCUCCUUUUCUCUAUAGUUCGCUCGAGGUAAAAGAACUCUGGCUGGAUACCAUCCUCUGGCAAACAAAAGAAACCAAGGGAACCAGAAUCACUAAAGUUCCAUCAACUAAAUUCCUAAUGAAGGUGUUAAGCAGCUGCAAUGCUCCAAAACCGCUAAAUGCCAGCAAUAUGGAGACUUUGAUUGAGUGCCAGUCAGAGGGCGAUAUCAAGAAAUGCCAUUUGUUGGUGUCGUGUGACAGUGAAGAUGGGCUUUGCCAUCUGAUUGACGGUAAUAAGAAAAGAAAGAAGGUGAUAUCAUGGCCCUUCGCGCUGCGAUGGAACUCUACAAUAUCAGAGUCCUCGGGACAUUUAGAAUCUGAUCUGAAGACUUCUCUGUUUGAUCAGCCUCUGUCAAUUGUCUGUGGUGAAGAUGACACACUCCCCAAACCCAUCCAGGAUAUCCUUACUACACUGUACUUUAAAGGACCUUUCACUGAAGGAAUAUUCAGAAAAGCUGCCAAUGAAAAAGCACGCAAGGAGUUGAAGGAAGAACUGAACUCAGGAGGAAAGGUUGACUUGGAAAGCAAACCCGUGCAUCUGUUAGCAGUGGUCUUUAAGGAUUUCCUACGAAAUAUCCCAGAUAAGCUACUUUCAUCUGAACUUUAUGACGAGUGGAUGACAGUGAUGGAGAAGCAGAGCAAUCCUGACAGAAUUGAAGGAUUGAAAGAGGUUGCAGACAAAUUACCAAGACCAAAUCUCCUCUUGCUCAAGCAUUUGGUCUUUGUGCUUCACCAUCUCAGCAAAACCUCUGAGGUCAACCGGAUGGAUUCCAGCAAUCUUGCUAUCUGCAUUGGGCCAAACCUGCUGACUCCAAAGCACGCUGAAACCUUACCACUCGAAGUCCAGAAACAGAUGAAUGACAAGGUUAAGACAUUAGUGGAAUUCCUCAUUGAUAACUACUUUGAAGUAUUUGGGGAGGAUAUAUCUUUGCUCUUCAGUCCAUCGGCUGACGAUUCACUGGAACACACCGACAGCUCCACAGAACUGUUAUCUCCCACUCAGCAAAAUGACUCUGCCUACGACAGCACUGAUCCCGAGGCUGAAUGCAGCUCCAGCAUUUCUCAAAUCAAGCAGCUCCAGAAGGCCAAAGGGAAAACCAGUAGCCUGAGAAGUAGAGACCCACAAUGCCAAAAACCACAGGACCUCCCCCCCCUUGCCUCUUCACUAACCGUUUUUAAAAACUCCAUAAGCACACUGGAUAGGAGAUUCUCUGAGCCAGACAUGUCCUUGCAGGACUGCCUUGACAGCAAGAUAAGGAGCCAGAAGCUAACCAAAAGUGAGGAUAACUUCACCAUCCAGCAGGAACAGCUGAGGUUGCAAGGUCAAGAACUGGAAAAGCGCCUGCCAGGGGAAUUUUUUCCUGGAGGUCACUAUAGGACUAAAAAGCCACUAAACCUAAGUGUGAAAACCAACUUGCCAUCAGAAUUAUCAAGUGGCUCAUUACCCAAAACAUCCUCCAACUGUUCCUUGGAUAGCUCCUUAUCCAAUUCUGACUGCUCUGUCUUUACCAGCUCACCAUUAGUUUCUCCUUCCAGUCCCAAGAGAAACUUCGUAACCAGACCCCAGUCCUUUUCCACCAAGACUGCUGAUGAAAGUGAUACACCCAUCAGAGAGUUCAAAAAGCACUCCAUGUCAUUUUCUUUUGCAACCCGCAAGAAAGUGCUAACAAAAACUCAAAGUUGGGAGCCUGGAAAAGCUAUGGGCUUUCAAAGAAACAGCUUCAAGAAGGACUCAAAGAAAGAAAAUCAGUUUUCAGGUAGAAUAGUCCAGGAACACUGUACCAACAAUGGCAAACCAUUAUCUGUGGUAUAUCAAUCAAGGUCUCGUUUCAGGUCAGCUGAUGAGGUAUUUAGAGAAGUGGACCAGAAAAAUCCUGGCAAACCACCAUCGUAUGAAGAGGCUACUAAAAACUGCCUGGCUGCUAAGGUCCCUUCAUACAGUACCUUAACAAUUCAGAAUAUGAGAGCAACUGUGUCAAAUCAAGACUCUUUGCUUCCUCAUCCAUGUCUCAGCAAUAGAGAGGUUACAACAGAUACAUAUCAGAAGGAUCUACCCUUUGACAGACUUUUUGUGGUAAAUGAUUCUCAGAUACAAACUGAAACCAUUGACAUUGGAAUAAAUUCCCGUGCAAGUUUACCUGUAACCCCUCGAGUUUAUCGUCUCAGGUCUAUGUCUGAGUCCUAUCAAAAGAACAAACAAGAGUAUCUGACACGACGAUGCAGUCAGCCAGUCUUUGAGGUUGACCAGCUCAAAUAUGCUAAGGAAUCCUAUGUUUAAAUAGACUGUCCAUUCUCAACACAAUGUACAAAUAGUUGUCUUGCAAAAUAUCGUCCACAUUUUACUUUAAAAGGACCAAGAUUAAGCUAGCUUGGCGUGAACACUUCUUUUGCAUAAAACUUUUCUGAAACUGGGUGUCAGCCUAAUGUAUCAUGUUUUUCCAGCUUUGGGUGUGUGUGGUGCAUUAUAAUGUAAAAAAGUGUAUAUACUGCACAUAAUAUAUUACACUGAAAGAAAAUAGUAGAAAUGUUAGAGCUGUGUGAUAGAGUGUUGUGUUUCUAUCCUUCAGAGGUCACUUUCAGGGCUGGGAGGGCCAAAACUUAUCCCACUUGCCUUUUCUCCUAUAUAUGUAUGAUGGCUUUGUGUAAUUUGCUAUAUGUUUUUUCCCCUCUAACAUAAUACAUUGCUGAUUUUUUUUUAAUUUAAAAAAUGGGUCAGCAAUCCUUCAGUCCCAGAAUUUGAGACAUUAGAGAUGGAAAAUAACUGUUUCAUCAUCUAGUCCAGUCCCACCCUCUCCUACUGCAGGAUUGCGCCUCACAACAUACUUUUCUAGAGCUCUGUCUGGUUUUAAAUGACUGAAGCAAUGUUUCCACCACUUACCUUGGGAUACUACUUCACACUCUAAUAAACCUUACUCUUAUGAAGCUACUCCUACAAUUCAAGCUAAAUUUCCUUUCUCUUGAUUUUAAUCUCAUCACUCCUAGUUAUACUCAUUGUUGCCCUCCUAAACAAUCCCUCUCCCUCCUUGGUGGUUAGGAGUGCAACCUUACAACAACUAAUCGGCAUUAUUAUGUAGUCAAUCAUGAUCUCCAAUCAAAACCAGGGACCUAUUUUAUAAGGCAUGUACAUAAACAUUGUAAGAGACAGUCCCUGCCCUGAAGAGUUUAUAGUCUAAAUAGACAGGGCACACAGAGGUGGGAGAAAGGAAGUAUUGUUACCCCAUUUUACAGAGUACAUGAACAAGAAAAAUCCUGCAAGUAAACAUUUCACACUCAAGCUUCCAACAGCUCUUUAAAACCUACAGUGAGGAACAUUUUAGUUAUAAAAAAUACUUGACAGUGUCUUUUAACCUUAUAAGAAUAAAAAUGACUGGAAGUGUAAUGUGUUUUCACAUGUAGUAACUCACAUGUUAAUAGCACUUAUCUCCAGUUUAUGGUUCAAUGUCUUGAACCAGGACUGAGGAGACUUUUUGGUUUUUCCUCCAAUGUAAUUUCACUACAAUAAAGCACUUUUUUUCUGCA